AUGGUUCGUUUAGUUGAGGAAGCAGAAAUUUCCUCAGUCGCCGACUUGGAGAGAGUUCAAUUGCUGUUGAACACCUCCAGCUCUCGACACCUCGAGAAGCAGACCAAAGGGAAUCGAGCUUCUAAGCUUUCCCGACAACAGUUCCACGAGGCACGAAUGGUAG